AUGUUCAGCCCGGACGGGGGGCUGCCGGCCGCCCCCUUCGGCCUCCUGCCCGACGCCGGCCCGCCAUUCUCCCGCGGCGGCUUCGACGGGGCGGCCGCUCAGCCGCUAUUCUUCCCUUUCGCCGCCGAACCCGAAGCCGCCCGCGAUCCGCCGCCGGCCCGCGCCUGGCUGCCCCCCCCCGCGGGGCCGCCCGCCAAGGCGGAGGCGCGCCCGGCCCGGCCCUGCAGCCAGCCGUCGCCCGAGCCCCGCACCGCGGCCUGCUGCGGACCGGCCUGGACCGCCCCGCCCUGGGCCGGGCCCGCGCCCCCCGGGGCCGCCGCCGCCCUGCCCGGUCCGCCCUUCUCCGGCCCCGCCGCCUUCCCCGGUCCGCCCCUCUGCCCCGGCGCCCUGCAGCAGAGCUCCGGCGGCUUGUCGGGGCUGGGCAGCAGCGGCAGCUCCAGCGGUGCCGCCAGCGAGGGCGGACACUCCAGCGACAGCGGCGACGAGGAUGCGCCAACCUCGGAGGAGCUGGAGCAGUUCGCCAAGGACCUCAAGCACAAGCGCAUCAUGCUGGGCUUCACCCAGGCUGAUGUGGGGCUGGCUCUGGGCACCCUCUACGGGAAGAUGUUCAGCCAGACCACCAUCUGCCGCUUCGAAGCGCUCCAGCUCAGCUUCAAGAACAUGUGCAAGCUGAAGCCGCUCCUGCAGCGUUGGCUCAACGAGGCAGAGAACACGGACAACAUGCAAGAGAUGUGCAAUGCGGAGCAAGUGUUGGCCCAAGCCCGGAAGAGGAAGCGCAGGACCAGCAUUGAGACCAACGUGAAGGGAACGCUGGAGAGCUUCUUCCGCAAGUGUGUGAAGCCCAGUCCCCAGGAGAUCUCCCAGAUCGCUGAGGACCUCAACCUGGAUAAAGAUGUGGUCCGGGUCUGGUUCUGCAACCGGCGUCAGAAAGGCAAACGGCUGCUGCUGCCCUUCGGCAACGAGGCAGAGGGGGUGAUGUAUGACAUGAACCAGCCCCUGGUGCCCCCCGGCCUGCCCAUCCCGGUGACGUCCCAGGGCUACAGCCUGGCGCCCUCCCCUCCUGUCUACAUGCCGCCCUUCCACAAAUCCGAGAUGUUCCCCCCAGCGCUGCAGCCCGGGCUCUCCAUGAGCAACAGCAGCCACUGAGCCAGGGCUGCGCAGGCUCCAUGGGGCAGCUUUGCCCCAAGCAGGCUCAGGCACGGCCCUGCUCCCGCUCCGGGGUGCUCACUGGGGUGUGUGGGGCAGGGGAAGGGCUGGGAGCAUGGGGAUGUUGCGUGCUCCCUGUGAUUGCUCCCAGCCCUUCCCAGUUAGGAGAGUUUACUGGUUCAAGCAGCAUCUGACCUCUCCUGGAGGGCAGCUGCCCCACUGCACCCUACUGAAGCCAUGUGUGCCCGGGGUGCUGAGUGGAGCCAUUUGUGCCCAGCCCAGCCAAACUGCUCCUGUGAGACCCAGAAAAAAGUGGGAUUUAGAUGAUUUUGGGGAUUGGGGGGGGGGAGGGGGGAGAGGGUGUUGUGUGUUUUUUUUUUUUUUUUUUUUUUAAUUUUUUUUUCGAUUGUAGUUCUUAAAAAGCAAAACUCUCUGUAGUGAUUCCUAGUUUCCCAGCUUGACUCCUCCCUGUCACAUAGAGUGGGGCUGGGGCGCUGUGCCCAGGGGCUUUGACACUCUCACCCGGUGGCACCACAGAGCUUCACCCAUCCAUGGGUGGGCUCCUGGGGUUUGUUUUAGGGGUGCCCAACGUCACGCCGGGUCCCCUGUGCCCUCUCCAGUGUGGUCCCUCUGCCCCAGCCCGGCUGCCCCAAGGAUCAUCUUUCCCAGGGGGCUGACACUGUCCUGUCCGUGCUGCGAGCACCCCUGUGCCUUUGAGCCUGCUGUAGUUGAUGACGAUCUUUAUUUUUUCUUAAUCGUAUU